CUCCAGAAGUGACAGUGUUAACAAAUACAGUGCAAGAGACUGCUCUGUAAGCUGAGCUACACAGUCACAUGCACGGGGUUUUAUUUUUAACAUCCCAAAACUACUUGUUCUGUCUGGGCUUGCUCUGUGCUCUCCCAUUCUCUCUUCUUUCUUUGCUUGCAAUUCUCCAUUACCCACCUCAUUUCAACCCAGCUGAGCACAACCAGGAGAGCAAGUGUUUGAUACACACACAGGGACUCUAUGAUUAAGCACCGGGCUCAGAAAGCUCCCCCUGGGCAGCACAGGCACUGUGAGAGAUGUUUCAACCGGCAUUGUCACGCACCGAUUGAGCCCUCCAUCUCCUGCAUGGUGAUCAGCUGCCGCUUUCACUGUGGGGCCACCUUCCACAUGUGCAAGGAGGAGGAGCACCAAUUGCUCUGUCCCUUAGAGCAGGUCUCCUGCCUCAAUUCAGCCUAUGGCUGCCCUUUUUCCAUGGCCCGCUUUAAGCUGGGGAAGCACCUCCAGGUCUGUCCAGCCAGCGUUGUCUGCUGCUCGAUGGAGUGGAAUCGCUGGCCCAACGUGGAUUCAGACACAACCCUCCACAAGAACAUUAUGAAGGAGACCUUGAAUGAAGAGUGUCUGGACACAGCCUUGGCACUCAGAGACCAGAAGAUACUUUUCAGGACUUUGAAAAUAGCUGAUUUGUUUCCAGAGUGGAGGAAAAAGGAUGAAGUGCAAGAACUAACGGACGAAGCCAUAGGUGGGGAAGAAGGUGCAGUGGGAGGAGUAGCCUGUGGUUCCCAAGAAGGCGACAACCAGUUGUCUGAACUCAGCCAACGUGAGCGUGAAGAUUUGGCAAAAGACAAAGAGGGAAUGGAUCUGGGGAGUUACAAAACCUGGGAGAAUAUGUUCAGCAAAGAGCUCCUGGCUUGCAAGGUAACGAGCUCAGCAGACAGCACGGGACAAAAGACGGAGGAGGCUUCCAAGAAAACAGGGUCAGCCCCGCAAGCUGCCAGCUCCUCAGAGCAGGCAAAGGAAGUACCUGGGAGUGCAGAAGAGGCAAAGGACCAAAAGCCUGAACAAGUAACACCAACUACAGAAAUGACAGGACUGGCUCCCUGGCAAGAAGGAGUCCUGGAGAGGCUGAAGAAGGAAGUUGGUGUAGGUGAUUACAACAUGUAUCUGGUCCACCAUGGGGGAAUGCUUAUUCGCUUUGGCCAGCUAGCUGCUUGCACUCCCAAAGAAAAAGACUUUGUCUAUGGGAACUUGGAAGCUCAGGAAGUAAAGACUGUCUACACCUUCAAAGUGCCAGUUAGUUACUGUGGCAAAAGAGCACGACUAGGAGAUGCACUGGGCCACAGGAUAGCAACUUCAGACAAGUCAGUGGAUACCUCAGAAUUGGGAAUAAACCCAGAAGAUCUACCUAAGGCAAAUAUAGUUGAGGCCACACUGCUGUGUGCACUGGAAAAAGAGCUGAAAGGCCAUGAGAUCUCCGAAGCAAGGGGUAUUGAUGGACUUUUUGUGGAUUUUGCGACACAAACGUACAGCUUUCCCCUGGAGCCUUUCUCCUCCAGUGCUGUUCUAGCAGACAUUCUGGAUGAAGAAAGCCCACCAGAACUGCACGUGGAGCUCUACACUGAAUGUGUAACCAGAAGACACAACAAAAGCAGUUCAGCUUUCACAUUCACUUGCAGCCAUUUCUUCAGGAGAGACGAGUUCCCAUCCCACUUCAAGAAUGUGCACGCUGAUAUCCAGUCAUGUCUGGAUGGAUGGUUCCAGCAUCGUUGCCCACUGGCCUACUUGGGAUGUACUUUUGUUCAAAAUCACUUCCGUCCUGAGGGUCUUAAGGCCAAGGUUAUAUACAGCAAACCUCUCAAGUCAUUUGCUAUUAAGCCAGAGGUAGACACUGUCCUUGCUGAAUCAGGAAAGUUCAAUCCCACAGCGGCUAAUCGAGGGAGAAACAAGGACUUGCUGAGCAGCCUCCCGGUGGAAGUGCUCAAGUACAUUGCGGGGUUCCUGGACAGCUUCAGUUUAUCUCAGCUAUCGCAAGUGUCAGUGCUGAUGAGGGACAUCUGUGCCACUCUUCUUCAAGAGAGGGGAAUGGUCCUGCUGGUCUGGGAGAAAAAGCGAUAUUCCCAUGGUGGUACUUCGUGGAAAGCUCGCAAAAAGAUCUGGCAGUUCAGCAGCCUGUUCUCCAGAGUUAACAAGUGGCAGCGCAACGACGUCGUGUCCAUGGCGGAGCACCUGAAGAAUUGUCCCUUCUACCAAGUGGAGCACAAGACAGACCCCGUGCUGCUGACGGGCAUGUGUGAAUCAAGAGAGCAGAUUCAACAGACUUUGGUUUCUACUUUCAAGCGCAGAGUCUGAACAGCCUGCUCCGCCUCUGCCACACUCCUUUCAGGGCCCUUGAAAAAAAGAUUUGGGAAUUUGGGUGUAAAGAUUGUUGCUUCCAACCCUCCGUUGGACGUACAAAAAUGGUUUCUCCCCAGCUGUGUUUGAAACAUCCUGCAUAUUUUCUUUUUGUUUUUUCCUGUAUUAAUUUCAAUGUUAAAACUUCACCCACUGCUCACUGAUAGCACGUGCUUUCUGUUUAUGUUUCCAUUCCUUGCUGAAUACAGCAUCCCAAAAAAUAAGCAAUAAGGAUCUGGGUUGAAAACAGCAUCUUCGUAACCUUGAAGGUAGGGUGCUGUUCUUGUACCACAUCCCUGAGAGAAGCAAGAUCACUUAAUGUACGUAGGUCUGAAACACCUUAGUUUUGGGGUCUGAAAGACAAGUUCUAAGAGCACAGGUAGAUGCCCUCCUGCUUGACAGACCUAGGGGCUGCUAAUCUAAUUCUGAGACAUGGGCAAAAGAGACAUGAACCCCCAGAAUUAAGUGAAUUAAUGAGAACUCCAGUGAGGACUCAGGAAUUCACUGCCCAGCCACAGACCAUCAUUUAGGACCCUGAUUCAUCCAAGUGUGCCUAGUUGAGCACAAACCUAAAGCUGAGCUUUCAAACCAAACCAAAGCAGACAACAUGCUCUUUGUUAGAAAAAAACAAGUAGUAAACAGUUUUAGGGGCUCAAGUGACUUCUUGUAUUUUUCAGUUAAUAACUUCCUCUGGUUUAUUUCAAAAUACAUUGAAGCCAUCAAAAAAUAUUCAGAGCAACUUUUAGAAUUUCUUACCUACUCAGCGUUGCAGUUGUACACUGCAAGUUGUAAUUGCAAACAACUGUGAACAGUAUGUCAAAGACAUACUGUUUUUUUCUGUAAAAGAAAAGGCAUUCAGCAACCUAUUCAGUAAUGGUACAGGUAACGUUUGCUUCAGUUAAAUGGGCUGGAGUAUAGGAUUUUUUCCCUUUCUUACAGAGCAGAAAAGUGAUAAGAAUUUGGUUUCUUUUUUAAUAAAUACACUGAUUUAAAACCAGAA